AUGCAAUCAACACGAGAUAUGAUUGAAAUGCAUCUUAACAGCGCAGACGAAGUAAAAUUUCCUCUAAUUCCUCAUAUUGCACCUAUUUGGCCGCCAGACAAGAGAAUUGAAUAUGUCAAAGCCCGGAAAGCUGCUUUUCGGCGUUUCGUCAGGAAAAAAAUGAUCCUGUUUAAGUUUCUGCAAAGUAUGAAUUCGGGCAUGAAGGAUUUGUUUUCGGAAGUGGUUGACAGUAGGGAUGACGCUAAUAGUAUUGUGAAUCUCACCAGAAAUUUUCAAGAAGAGCAACGCAAGAAACACGAGCGGAUUUUCGAGAUUCAAACAGAAGCUUAUCACAGAGUAGAGAGAAAGAAAACUGCUUGGGGAAAAUCCAGAUUUGACGAGGACAGAUGUAAGGUUCCCAGACAGAGCCUCACAGUUACGAGUAAAGGGAAUUUAAAUGAUUUACCGAGCCAAACCUUUAUAAAAGACUUUCAGUUGACCGAGGGGCAUCAAAAGAUUUCAAAAAUUGAGGGAAAUACUUCUGUGAUAUUCCAACGGGAGACAGCGCUAUUACUUAGACGCAACAAAACGGAUGAGGUGGUUUUUCCACAAAAAAAUGGUGUGAUGAGUUUUCCGCAAAUGGAUAGUAGCAACAAAGAUGCAAAACACCCAGUCAGCGACCCUCGCUUUCAACGUUUAUUGACUUGUCUUGUUCCUCCAGCGAAAAAAGGAGAAUUCGACCACGAAAACAUGAAUUCAAGGAGGGCAAAGGAGAACAGAGGAUAUAAAAGAGACAAGGUGCAGAGCAGAUUAAGUGGGAAGACGUUACAUGAGAAAUGGCUUGCAACCAUGACGCCUUAG